AUGGUGGUUAGAAACAACAGACUGAUCCUGUUGCAUGGCAACACUUUAAUAUCCUUCUUAGAACCGAAGGCGAGCCGAGGCUUUACACAGCGAAGGCAACACCGCCUAUAUAAGCAGCGAGAGCCUCGUGGCGAUUUCAGUGUGCAAGCGACCUCCCUCGCGUGUUGUGUGACGAGGUCCAGCUUUUCACUUUCCCAAAAGAUGCGUGUGGUGGCAGCGUUUGUGUGGGCGGUGGCAGGGGCGUGGGCGCUGGAAGAGGGCGGCGUGGGCAGUCUUUACGAUCAGCACUUUCCUCCUCUUCACCCUAAUUGUACCCAGAGUCUCACAGACCUCUUGUUGCGCCAAGAAAGCCAGCUUAGAGAAUCUGCAGGAAUACUGAAGGAGAUCCUGUCAGAAACCAAAGGCUCCUUGGCGACAGAAGCCUCCUGCUCAGGCACCUUCCUAAAGUUCGGUGGAACGUGUCUGUACCUUGCCAAGGACGUCAAAAAACUUGGGAUGCUGCUCGGACCUUCUGCCAGGACCUGGGAGAGACUUGGCCGUGUUCCGCGACGCCAACGCACUCGCAGAGGCUAUUGGAUACGCUAAAGCUUUAGGCAUCCAUCGCAAUAACAAUGUGUGGGUGGGCGGGACAGACCGGCAGCGAGGGGAAGUGGAAGUGGGUCUCCGGGGAGGACAUGCCGAGAGGGACGCCCUUUUGGGGACUUAUAAAAACGUCCGGCAGCCAAAUACAGGACGAGGGGAGAACUGUGCGCUUCUCCAUGGCAAGGAUGACUUCAUGAUGCACGACGCCCCUUGCGGAUGGACUGGUAUACCUCUCUGUCAAACGAAGCCGACUUAAACGAGGGCAUUUAAGCCUCCGCCAAAUAAAGUUCACUGAGGCAAAA